AUGCCGUAUUGCGAGAUUGCGAAAGAAGACGUCGACGCAGAGACGACGCUUAACAAUGCCGGCGUCAAGAUCUUCUACAGAACGUACGGUCAUGGUCCUACCAAAGCUCUCCUCAUCAUAGGUUUAGCAGGAACUCAUGAAUCAUGGGGACCGCAAAUCAAAGGAUUGACGGGAACGGAUAAACCCAACGGCGACGGAAUUGUUUCCGAUGAUUCGGAAACAGGCCAAGGCAUGGAGGUAUGCGCUUUCGACAAUCGUGGUAUGGGUAGGAGCUCCGUGCCUACCCACAAAUCUGAGUACACAACAACGAUAAUGGCGAAGGAUUCAAUUAGUUUGUUGGAUCAUUUGGGAUGGGAGAGAGCUCACAUUAUUGGACAUUCUAUGGGAGCAAUGAUAGCUUGCAAAUUAGCUGCAAUGGUGCCACAAAGAGUCCUUUCUCUGGCGUUGCUUAACGUUACAGGUGGAGGCUUCCAGUGUUUCCCCAAGCUGGACAGGCAAACAAUUUCCAUUGCGGUACGUUUUUGGUUGGCAAAGACUCCUAAACAAAGGGCAGCUGUUGAUUUGGACACUCAUUAUUCACAGGAUUACCUAAAAGAAGUCAUGGGAAGUAGCACAAGACGGGAAAUCUUAUAUCAGCAAUAUGUGAAAGGGAUAUCAGAAACUGGAAUGCAGUCAAGGCACGGGUUUGAUGGCCAGCUUAAUGCUUGUUGGUUACAUAAGAUGACAAAACCAGAGAUCGAAUCCAUUCGUUCGGGUGGAUUUCUUGUCUCAGUCAUUCAUGGAAGACAUGAUGUGAUUGCUCAGAUAUGUCACGCAAGAAGACUUGCACAGAGGCUAUAUCCUGUUGCUAGAAUGGUGGAUCUUCAUGGAGGUCACCUUGUAAGCCACGAGAGAACAGAAGAGGUAAAUAAAUCUCUUGUCGAGUUAAUCAAUGCGUCAGAAAUGAAGAAAAAACCAACUGAUUGGACUAACCUCACCAUGGAAGAUCCUGGUUAUUUCAAGAGGAGCUUAUCAUUUAUCAGAACCUCAUCAGAAGGCAAGAAUGAUGGCGGCUCUCCGUCAUAUCUCAUAUUGGAAAAGUUUCACCGCUGUCUACUUUUCCUCUUCGGGCUUCUGGUUUUGGCAUUUGAGCAUGCAAGAAGAGCUUUCAGGGUCAUAAAACCCGUCAAAGUUGGCCCUUCUCUCACAUAA